AUGUCUCUCGCCCAGCAUGUCACGGCAACUGAAGGUAUCGAUCGCGAAGAGCCGCUCGUCCAGGUGCAGGCCGUCGACGAGUGCGCCGAGCCGCACUGGCGCCGACUGAGCUUCGACGCCUUCGCCCCCGUCGACCUCGAUGCCAUCUUGGAGCUCGCCCCCACUCCGCACAUCGCGGCCUACAAGAUAUCGCCCGCCAGACGCGUUGCCCAGGUUGUCUUUGCCGUCAUCCUCUGCUGUCUGGGUUCCGGCAUAGUCUUCGGCUUCGCCUCCCUGAAACCUGUGCUCAUCGCCGAGGGCGUGUACCGGGAUCUAUGCCAUGUCGGCGACCCAGACUACGAGAAGGAUCCUCUUGAGGUUCCCUGCGCAGAGCAGGAUCUGCGGCUCAACUUGUUCUUCACGGCUGGUUCCAUUGCGACCAAUGUCUCGAGCUUCUUUGCUGGGUUUGCACUAGAUCGCUUUGGCAGACGUACGUGCUACCUGGCCUCGGCGGUCUUCCUGGCAGUUGGAUGCAUUUUCAUGGGAUUCGCCUUUGCUAUCCCAGAAUUCGACGGCUACUUGUUGGGGAAUGUAUUCCUAGGACUGGGGGGUACCUUCCUCUUUGUUUCCAGCUACCAGCUGACCGAUGCGUUCCCCAAACACAGUGGUCUUGUCACCGCGGUGAUCACGGGGGCGUUCGAUGCGUCUGCGGCCAUCUUUCUGUUUUACCGCUUGGCUUGGGAGGCCACUGGCGGCAGCUUUGAACCGUCCCAGUUCUUCUUUGCCUUCUUGGCUGUGCCCGUCGUCCUUAUUGUUGGCGAGCUGGCUCUGAUGCCGAAGGCGGCUUACCAUACGACGCCCGAGCUGGAGCAGAAGAUUGAGAAGGCUCAGGACCCGAUGCGUGAUGUCCACGACUCAGAUCAAGAGCUGAGUGAUGGCGAGCUAUACAGGGUACGAAGUUACCGGGCUGAUCAUCGCCGGGCCAAGCUUGAUCAGAUCGAGGACCUCAUUGGUGACACAGAUCUGAGGGAGGAGCGAGCCCACCAGGAAGAAGAGCGUCAUCUCGUUAGUGGCAUUUGGGGUGUACUACAUGGGCUGCCGGCCCACCAGCAAAUGCUUACUCCCUGGUUCAUGCUGAUCCUGCUGUUGACUGUCUUCCAAAUGCUUAGAAUGAACUACUUCAUUGCCACUAUCCGCUCCCAGUACCGCUUCAUGUUGGGAUCAGAGGAGCUAGCCGAGGACAUCAACAACUUUUUUGACGUUGCACUGCCCCUUGGUGGAAUCGUGGCCACGCCGUUCAUUGGUAUGCUCUUGAACAAUCUGAGUGUUGCCACGAUGCUUGCAAUCCUGUCCGCAUGUAUAGUGCUCAUCGGAGUCUUGAAUUGCUUGCCGUUCGUGUGGGCUGGCUACGCGACUGUCAUCAUCUUUGUUCUCUUCCGGCCGUUCUACUAUUCCGCCAUGUCCGACUAUGCCACCAAGGUAUUUGGAUUCAGAACAUUCGGCCGCGUCUAUGGUACCAUCACCUGCCUGUCCGGGCUUGUCAACUUUGGGCAGUCUGGAUUGGAUGCCCUCACUCACGGCCCUCUCCAUGGAAACCCCAUUCCGAUCAACGUCUUCAUGGCGGUUGGAGGAACAGUGCUUGGAAUAGCACUGGCGGGUUACGUGCAGAUCAAGACCAUGAAGUACCAGGCUGAGGUCGUCGAAGAGAGUGGACGCCAAGAACGCAUGGCUCUUAUCCGUGAAGAGUCGACUGGAUAUGGUGCAAUGGCCCAAGCCUGA